GCGCGCCGACGACGACGGAGGGGUGCCGCGGGCGCGCGACGGGACGUCGGCGAGUGCGCGAGUCGCUCUGUGUCCCGGUGAAGGUGCUGACGAGGGAGGCGGAGGAGCGGCGGCAGAGGUCGAGUCGCGGCGGACCGCGGCGCGGCGGAGGGCGGACUGGGGGGCCGCUGAGCGGACCGCCGCUCUCCGGACUGUCCCGCGGCCGGCCGGCCCGGAAUCGAUGCGGCCGUGCCAGUGAUGGCGGCCGGGGUGCUCGCCGGGCCGCUGCUGGCCGCCCUGGUCGGCCUCCAGCUCGGCCUCGGGCUCGGUAUCGUGCUGGACGGCGCCGAACACUCGUUCGCACAAUACCCCCGAUGGCAGCCCGGCCUCAACGGCUCGCUGCAGUUCGAGUUCCGCACCACGCAGCCUAACGGCCUGCUCCUCUACACGGACGACGGCGGCUGGGUGGACUUCUUUGAGGUGAAGCUCGUCGAGGGCUCUCUCAGACUGCGCUACAACCUCGGCAGCGGCUCGGAGAUCCUGGGACUGGGCCGGGGUCUGAACGACGGCCGCUGGCACCGGGUAACGGUGGCGCGGCACCACGCGCGAACCACCCUCACCGUCGACCACAUCUCCGAGCACCGGCUCUCGCGCGGCGACCAGUUCACGUUCGAUGUGGCCGCCGCUAACCAGUCGCACGUGUAUGUGGGAGGCGUGCCGCAGUCGGUCCGAGUCAGCCAGCUGGCGCUGCCCAGCGCGCGCUUCGAGCCGCGACUGGCCGGCGAGGUGCGCAACCUCGUCUACAGCGGCGAGGAUGGCGUCGAGCGCCGCCAGGACAUGAAACACUCCAAGGGUGUCCGCUGGAACGGCGUCGACACGUGCGCCCAACACGACCCGUGUCAGCACGGCGGGAUCUGCAUCAGCACUGACACGGGCGCCGCGUGCGAGUGCCGCAACCUCGACUUCAGGGGAGUCUUCUGCGAGAAAGAGAAGCCACCGUCCGAGGCCACAUUCCGCGGCGCCGAGUACAUGACCUACGACCUCACCAACACGGGCGGCGGCGCCAUCGCCAGCACCAGCGACAACCUCUCCAUGUUCUUCAAGACGGCGCAGCCCAACGGUCUCCUCUUCUACACAGGGGACGGCGACGACUACAUGACGCUGUCUCUGAUGGACGGCGGUAUCAGUCUGGCCGUCAGUCUCGGCAGCGGGGCGCUGCGCUCCAAGGUGCGCCCGGUCGGAGUCAGUUUCCAUGACGACCAGUGGCACAAGGUCACCGUCAACAGGAUGGCCAAAGAGCUCGUGGGCUCCGGACACAGCGUUUGCUAUGUGUCUAUCAACGUGGACGGCGUGUACACGGAGCGGGGCACCACGUCUGGACCCUUCACCUACCUCACGUCGUCGCGGCUCUUCGUGGCCGGCAGUAACGACACGUCCAGUCUGCCCGGCAGCCAGGCGCGACACAACUUCGUCGGCUGUCUCAGGAAGGUCGAGUACCGGGCCGACUCACUGCACCUGGACCUGAUCGAACUGAGCCGCACCGGUAACCCGCUGAUAGCCGUCCAGGGACGGGUCGAAUACAUGUGCCAGAGCAUCGAGGCGGCCGACCCCGUGUCCUUCGCGUCCCGCGGCUCCUACCUGGAGGACAGUAGAACAGUGCCAAUCAGCCUGCUGACGCCCGAGGCCAACCUGGUUCUGCCGACGUGGAGGGCCACACAGACGGGCUCGAUAGCACUCAAGAUCCGCACCAACGAGGAAGACGGGCUGAUUCUGUUCAACAGAGGAGAUCCCAACAUGGACGACAUGUUCGCCCUGGAGCUGCUGGCCGGCCACGUCUGGCUGCACGUCGACCUGGGCUCGGGCUCUGUGCGCGUGCGGGCCACCAAACGACGCGUCGACGACGGCCUCUGGCACCAGAUCAGCGUCUCCCGGGACGGCCGCAAGGGGCGCGUCACCGUGGACGACACGUCGUCCGACUUUGUCACACCAGGCACGCACAACCGUCUGGACCUGGACGGGACGCUGUACGUGGGCGGUCUGGGUGCCGACUACGACCGGGUGCCGGUGCCGGCCCAGGUGUGGUCGGGCACGCGGAGAAUAGGCUACGUCGGCUGCAUGAGGGAUCUGGUCAUCAACGGCUCCGUCAUCGGUUUGGCCACCUACGCGCGUCGCCAGGACAGCAGAGGGUCGAUUCUGACCGAGUGUCACUCGGGACCGCCGUCGUGUGACUCGCAGCCGUGUAUGAACGGCGCACCCUGCUCCAAUGGCUGGAACAGGUUCAUGUGUGACUGCACCUUCACCAGCUUCACAGGAAAAACGUGCACUGAAGAGGCGACCACGGUCAGCUUCGACGGCACCCAGCACAUGAUCGUGCCGCUGCAGCGCGAACAGCACACCGAGGCAGACGACAUCACGCUGCGCUUCAAGACACUGCGGCCGUCAGGUCUGCUGUUCGCCACCACGGCCGGUAACUCGGACCGUGUGGAGCUGGCGCUGAGCGGAGGAAGGAUCCGGCUCUCCCUCCGCAUUGAGGACACUUAUAAGCAAUUUCACGAAGGCCAGUCACUCAACGAUAACCAGUGGCAUCGCGUGAUGGUCAAACGGCGCAACCGAGACAUUCAAAUCUUCAUCGACAACGAACAACCCAGAAACGAGGCCCUGGAGCCGGGCGUGUCUCGGCUGCGCACCAAGUUCCUCUACAUCGGCGCCGUCUCGCCGUCCUCGACGGGCGCGUUCGGAGCGCCGAAUCUGGUGGGCCAGCUGCAGCACUUCUACCUGAACGGGCAGCCGGUGCUGGCCCUGGUGCGCCAGGGUCGUCUCAACGACACCCAGGGCGGCGCACGGUUCGGCCGCCGGCAGCCGGCGCUGCGCCGACCGGUCACCUUUCAGUCGCGCUACUCGUACGUGGCACUGCGCCAGCUGCGCGCACACACCACAGUCGACAUCCACUUCCAGUUCCGCACCCGCGAACCCACCGGCCUGCUGCUCUAUAACGGCGGCAGCGGACAGGACUUCAUCGCUGUCGAGCUGGUGGACGGUCGGCUCUACUACGUGUUCAACCUGGGCGACGGCGCCGUCAGUGUCACCGACAACAACCAGUUCAGCGCGCUCAACGACUACAGCUGGCACUCGGUGGCCAUCGGACGGCCCAACUCGCGCACACACACGCUGAUGGUGGACGACCACACGUCCACCGUCACCAGCAUCGGACUGAACGAGAACCUUAACCUCAAGGGCCGACUCUAUAUCGGCGGCGUUCCGACCGAAAUGUACAGUCAACUCCCGCCGGAGAUACAGUCGCACUUUGGCUACAAGGGCUGUCUGGCCAGUCUGACGCUGGGAGGAGAGACGCCCGACCUGGUGCGACACCCCAUCAUACCCAGCACGUCCGUGGUGGCCGGCUGCGUCGGCCCGGACUCGUUCUGUUCGCCGGACUCGUGUAAGAACGGCGGCAUCUGUAAGCAGGAGUGGAACUCGUUCACCUGCGACUGCACGCUAACAUCGUUCGUCGGACUGCGAUGUACCGAAGAGUCUGUGAGCUACGAGUUCGGUCCAGGAGGUGGUCAGAUCGAGUACCAGUACGAGCGGAACCGGCGACCCGACCGGCGCAGCGACCUGAUAGCCGUCGGCUUCAGCACGACCAAACCGGACGGCACCCUUCUGAGGAUCGACUCGGACACGCACACAGACUACCUGGAGAUCAAACUGAUCGAGAGCAACGUGUACAUGGUGUACGACGUGGGCUCGGAGACGCUGUCCAUCUCCGACCUGGGUGCCCGCGCUGACGACGGCCAGUACCACGUGGUACGGGUGACCCGCAACGGACCCAACUCCACCCUCCAGCUGGACCACCGGCCUGUCCAGACCAAGUUCCCACGAGAGCUGCUGACUCAGCGUGCGCGCCGCCGUCGCUCGGGGGGUCACCAGCACGACGUGUUCCACGCCCCCUCGGUGGUUACCGUCGGAGGGGGUCAUUCGGCGCGCUCCGACAACUUCGAGGGUCUCAUCUCGGGCGUGGUGGUCAACGGCCACCGGGUGCUGGAGAAGGCGGCCGAGAACAGCCGCGACGUCCGACUGGCCGGCGAGCUUAGCAUCCGCGCGCUGCCCUCGCGCAUCAAGGAUGCCUACUUCCGGCACAGCGAGAUGCAGGCCGUGGCUGGAGCGGCGGGCCCGUCUCCGGGUAUCAACGACGACCUCAUCUACUCGGGAGCCGGCUCCGGCUGCGGCGAGACGGACGACCAGGAGUGCUCGGCCGUCUACAAGUCCGACAUGGACGCAAAUGAUGACCUGGUGACGCCGGUGUACAUUCGGCCGCCGACGCGGGACCGGCCGCCGCCGCCGGCCAAGCCGUGUGAUGACGAGGACUGUUUGAACGGAUCAGGACACCCGCCGGACGAAAUGGACGGGGGAAGGGGACGCGUGCGCGGCGGCCACGGCCAGUGGAGAGUGCCAACGUCGAGGAAGCCAAUCAACAGCGCUGCGACUACUUCUACCACUUCUACUACGACCACUACCACUACGACUACCAGAACCACGACCACACUUCGAUCACAGUGGAGGGUGACGACGCCCCGCACCGGGCCGACGUGGCGGCACACGACGCCGCGGGCCACACCCUCGUGGCGAGUGUACGGGGCCACCACCCCCGGCAGCCGUCUGCCGGCCAACGGGGUCGAGUGGCCUCCGCCGCCGCCGCCGCCGCCGUCAGCACGCACUCCCGCGACAGCACCGAACCGGCCUGCCGAGGAACCGGGCGAGUACGUGGCCAUGGUGAUCGGAAUCAUCGCCGGCGCGCUCAUCGUCGUCAUCAUCUGCAUCCUGAUCGUGCUGAAGGUGCAGGGCCGCAACGAGCGUCGCUUCAAGGCGGACGAGAGCAAGGCGUACCUGGCGGGCGGCGGGCGGGCCGGCUCGCCUCAGCCGCCACUGCUGGCCGCCGGCGGACAGACCGAACUGAGCGGCGCGCCCGGGGCGCUGCUGCCCCGGCCACCGCGGCCCAAGAAGACCAAGGAUGUCAAAGAGUGGUACGUGUAGUGAGAGAGACAGACACUGGACCAGUCGGUAGUGAUAUUGCUCGUUGUUGGGCGCGGUGGCGCGGCGGUAGGCAGGCCUCCCUCAGUCUCGAUGUACCCAGCUCUUGUUCCGUGCCGCCGCCGCCGCAGCCCGAUUCUCGCUUUUAUAAGAUGAUUUCAUAUGUGAUGUUCGCUUUAGCUGUUGGGUCGCGCCUCGCCGCCACGCGGCGGCCAACCAAUCAAAGCGCGCGGUGCGACUGUGCGAGUUGUCGAUGGGUGCGCGACCGGCGGACAAUGGGCGCCGACCCGCGCCGCGCCGGGCGCCGACCACCGCCGGGCGUUCGAGGGCGCCCGGCCACUCCAGGGUCUCUCCAGGGCGCCGUUCCGUUUGUUGAUGCCAUGUUGUUGGGCCACUCGUCCCGUUCGGUCCACAGUGAAGCAGUUGUGACGUUCAUGUUGUGAGAGGCUGCUUCCUCCGAGUCUAUAGUAUAUAUCCGUGCUUGGGAAUACAUCAUUGCCGAGUGGGUGGGUGUCCACUCGGCACCGUAUAAUACACUCCAUACCGGAAACGGUGGCGCAUUUCG